AUGUUCAUCGCGAUAGGCUCUGCCGUCGACGAGACGAUCAGGAACCACAUGGCGUGGUUGCCGGACAAGACCGACAAUGUCAAUGGCGUGUACCAUCACCUCAAGGACUGCAAGCUCGCUGUCCCCACGGACAAGCUGAGGCUCUUGAAUAAGGCAUGCUUGCUCCAUGGCACCAAGGAGGACGCGCCCUGCAAUGGCUCGGACGCGGCGACGUCGAGUAGCACGACCACCACGGGAAGAGGCUGUGCACGGUGCACCAGGUGGAGCAGCUCAAGUCGGCGAUCCGCGUCCUGGACAUGA